GAAGUGGCACGCGUCACCGUCGGGCUCCGGCGCUGCGACGCAGCAGACGGGCGGGUAAACGGGACAGAGCGAACCUCCGUCGUCGAUGCAGGUGGAGCGAAGCGCAGUCACUGAACGGGCCCGUUCACCACGUAUUCACCAGACUUUCCGUCUACUCUCGGCGCCCCACGUGUCGCCAUGGCGCCAAAAAGCGGAUGUUGUCGACAUCCCAGGGUAACAUUUGGCUCCGUAAUUCUGCCAUCGCAAAGCUCGCUGCGCUCGAGGUCCCACACCGAAACCCGCUCUCCAUGUCUCUCAUGUGCGCCAUUGGUGCGCGCAAGAAAAUGUAAAACAAUUCGCUUGGCUCGUCGGCCAGAGUAGAAGAGCGCUCACGGGCGACGACAGACGCCUGACUGGGAAUGGAACUCGACGCGCACGAGUAGAUCGGGCUUUGAAUAGCAGUGGAAUCUGGCCGAAUGAUUGCCCGGGAAUUGAUUGGGCCUGGAGAAAUGGGGAGGCGAUAGUUCUGCUGAUGGGGUGGAAGUCUUGGAGUAGACCACAGGUUUGAUUCUGGAAGGGCAGGGCAUGAAUCGGGGGGUGUGUUUGUGUGGUGCCAAGAAGAGGCGGAAGGGGUUGAAGAAACAGGACGGCAAUUGAAUGAAUGCUGGUGCCGGUCGUGCUGGUGCGUUUUUAUUGGACUGCGCUCCGAUCUAUCUGCUGGAAAUUCGGGCCUCCUUGCCGGUGUCCUCCCGAGUUUCUUGGGCAAAGAGUUUCCGCGGGCCUAUCCGAAUCCAUCCUCUGCUCUCGUCGGAGGAGUUUGAGGUUUUCUACGUCAACAGGAGCGGUGGCAGAGCAUCUGGUCGAGAACUUUCGAUCUCUCUAACUUUUGGCAAAGCUGUAAAGAACUUCCUCCCUCCGCGGCUUGCCUCAGAGCCGUGUGUUUCUUCGUCAGUUGGUGCGAUCCAUUUGGAACCCAUAUGCGCCAUCCUUACAAUUCCUGUUCCCAGGGAUUCAAGGAUCUGGAAUUGUUUACUCUCCGGGUGACUUGCAACGGAGUCUGUUGCUUCGCCACGCUACCGCCACGCAUUGCGUUUCUUUCUGGUCAGGCUUCCGAGUGAGCGACCAAUCAUACACGGCAGGUGUAUCAAAGUCGUUGUCAAGGGGCUCUUUGGGAAUCAAGUGCAAUUUACCGACAAUAGUCUUGUUGUCCUUGCUCCCCUUCUCCGACAACACUUGGGGCCACAUGGCCGAUGAUCAGCCGAGAUGCUGUUGCUAAGUGCACAGAGUUUUGCAGCAGUUGUAUUGUUGGACUUUCUCAUUUUCCAAGCAGACGGAUCGCCCUGUAUCAACGAUGAUGCAGAGGCUUGUGGACAGCGUGUUGGGAGUGGCCAAAGAAUCAUUGAAGACUUUCAGCCAAGAGUCGUUCAACAACGUUGUCAAAUUGAUCAAUGGGUUUUCAGCGAUCGUACUCGCAGUGCUGCCAGGCAAAGCCAGUGCCUUGGAAGGUGUUACGGGCUGGGAGUUACAUCCAACUUUUCGCGCCCCGGGCAUCCCCAGAUGGAUGGAAGAGCGAGUGUCUUCAUUCAACCAGUUCAUCCACGAUUUUGAUUUUGACUCAACGGAGUCAGAUGAGGAAUCGGAAUACGCUACAGAUAUGGAAGAAGACGACAGUAGCAUACCAUCAUCCCCAUCCUCCCAGACCUCUCGUGUAUCACGCAGUAGCAACUUCAGUAGGUUUGGGCAUGAUAGAAGGGGUUCAUGGAUAAAACGUCUCAUUCGGAAAUUGACGUGGCCACUACGUUGGAUACUUGGUAUGACUCCCGGUCUCAGGAGGCAGUCUUCCUCAGGGAAUUUCACUUCAAAGGUUCAUAAUGGUAAUAUGCCACGCAGAACCAGCAGCAGUGAAAGGCUAAAAACCAUGUACUCCCUUGCCAGUAAACACUUCAAUGGUGUAAAAGAGAAUCUGGCGCAUCGAACUACAGACAGUCGACGACGGGGUGUAAUUGAGGAUCUGCAACUUGGCGUGGAGUUGUUUAUUGAGAGGGUGUUUGAGGUCAUGCGACAUUGUAUAUAUUGCGUCCUUUCUCCUUUUCAAACAUUCAAGUCAAUUCUGAGAAAGAUAUUUCUCUCGAAUUCUUCCAAGAUCGAUAAGAACUCGGAGGUAGUGAAUAAAGCUACUCUUGGAGAUUCAGAUCCCAGUUUGAAACUUGAACAACGGAAACGUCGACACACUUUGAACACAGAUGCACGGACCUGCGGAGAUUUCAUUACUGCCUUGGGUUAUCCAUACGAAUCUCUGAAGGUGACCACUGGAGAUGGAUAUGUUAUCGCAAUGGAGCGAAUACCAAGACCGGACUCCAAGAAGGUUCUUUACUUGCAGCAUGGUAUUCUUGACUCAUCACUGGGAUGGGUUUCAAAUGGAGUCGUUGGUUCACAGGCCUUUGCAGCUUAUGAUCAAGGUUAUGAUGUGUUUUUGGGGAACUUCCGUGGGCUUGUUUCUCGUGAGCAUGUGAACAAAAAUAUAUCUUCUCAACGAUACUGGAGGUAUUCCGUGAACGAGCAUGGUACACAAGAUAUUCCUGCCAUGCUAGACAAAGUGCAUGAAAUAAAAAUGAACGAGCUGAAGCACUUGCACUUACUGAGUGAAGAAGAAAUAGCCUCCUCAUCUGGUUCUGGAUUAACAGAGAAUCUGCCAUAUUCUUUAUGUGGUGUGUCCCACAGUCUCGGUGGAGCUGCUAUGAUAAUCUAUCUAGUGACCAGACGAUUGGAGGGGAAACCCCAUUACAUGAAGAGAGCUAUUCUUCUGUCUCCAGCUGGUUUUCAUGAAAAAGCUCCACCAAUUUGCAUGAUUAUGCAAUAUGUCUUCCCGUUACUAGAACCAUUUCUGAGACCCAUCGUUCCUGGAUUGUACAUACCUACUAAGUUCUUCCGUAUGGUUUUCAAUAAGUUGUCUAGAGAUUUUCAAAAUUACCCAGCGUUGGGAGGCUUGGUACAGACGCUGAUGAGUUACGCUGUUGGAGGGGAUACGUCGAACUGGGUUGGGGCUUUAGGGAUGACCCACUACAACAUGGAGGACAUGCCAGGGAUAGCUUACGGGGUGGCGCUACAUCUAGCUCAAAUGAUGCGUAGCAAACACUUCAAUCUUUUUGAUUUUGGGGAGGCAGGCAACUUGAAAGCGUAUGGGAGCAAGAAGCCUUUAGACAUUGGAGCGAACUACGAUCAGAUUGACAUCCCGAUUGAUGUAGUCGCGGGGAGAAAGGACAAAUUGAUUCCUAAGUCUAUGAUUCUGAAACACUAUCAAACGCUGAAAAGUGCAGGUUGCAAAGCUUCUUACUCUGAGUUCGAUUAUGCACAUUUGGAUUUUACAUUCUCCCAUAGGGAGGAGGUUCUGGCCUAUGUUAUGUCCCGCUUAUUAUUAGUCCAGCCUCGAGCUAGUAGGAGGCGGUUGCGGAGGCUAGAUACACGACGUUCCAAGUCAGUCAAGGAUUCAUCGUGGAGAUCAGAGAUGAAAAGUAUAGAUGAUGAAUCACAUAGCCGUUCCAAGUCAAUGAACGAUCGAAGACAUCGAAGUUUCAAGAGUGUGGAACAAUCACGAGAAAGAGAUGACUGAAAAGCGACGCCAUUGGAGGAAAGUGCUCAAGAUUUCAGACUACGCCGCGGUAACGUGGGCAGCACUUUGUACGGUUUGAGAAGAAUAGCUACGUGAUUUACGCGUAGAGACCAGGUGAAGGAUGUUUGCACUCGACGUCAGGGUAGCACUCACUGUAAACUACAUUGUCUCACCAAUUAUUACUUUUUGAUCCUUACGUCAGAUGGCUUUACUUAAUUCCAUCUAGCUGAGUGAAGUUAGUUCACUAAUAUCUUUGUAUAUAGUUUGCUACCUAAAGGAAGAGAGUCUGAAGAGCUGGGUUAUAAAAUUGGUGUGGACAGCGGAAUGGGAUUGAGGUACAUGGAGAAGGGAGAGACUGUACCGAUUGUUUUCAAAAUUUAGGACCCUCUGACAAAUUUCUAGCUGUAGGUAUCGAAUAUGUGAGUUAUCUUAAGCUUCCAAGCUUCGUCGUUGUACAAUCAUUAGUUUUGUGCGACAAUCUUCUUCUGGCAGGACAUUAUAACUGAAAGUGGAGUAGUCUUCAGUCUGGGGUUUGCCCAAUUUUUUUCUCCGGAUUUGCACCUUGGUUGAAGUAGAAACCAGAAAUGCCAUGGCUCGAAUAGGAGCGAAGUGCACAGGGGCGGAUGAUGGAGGAUGAUUAGUUGUUAGACGUGAAACUUAGAUGGUCUAUGAACAAAUAGUGAUUCGAAAAUUUCAAACCGAGAUAGUUAUUCAUAGUCGGGGAGAGGUUUGAUCAUUCCAUUUCAAACACAAGCUUUGAAAGGUUUCCACUUUUCGAACUUCUAAACCAUAAAUUUUGAUUCUUCAAGUUCAUCAAAGAGCUUUAAGCAAUAUUUCAAACUC